UGAUGCUGUCCCGGUCCCACUGUGUGUCCCGGGCGUUCAGCCGCUCGCUCUCUGCCUUCCAGAAGGGGAACUGCCCUCUAGGGAGACGUUCCCUGCCUGGGGUCUCCUUAUGCCAGGGACCAGGUUACCCUAACAGCAGGAAGGUUGUCAUUAACAACAGUGUCUUCAGUGUUCGCUUCUUCAGAACUACAACUGUAUGCAAGGAUGACUUGGUUACAGUCAAAACCCCAGCGUUUGCAGAACCUGUCACAGAGGGAGAUGUCAGGUGGAAGAAAGCUGUUGGAGACACAGUUGCAGAAGAUGAAGUGGUUUGUGAGAUUGAAACUGACAAGACAUUGGUGCAGGUUCCAUCACCAGCAAAUGGCGUGAUUGAAGCUCUUUCCGUACCUGAUGGGGGAAAAGUCGAAGGAGGCACUCCGCUUUUCACACUCAGGAAAACUGGUGCUGCUCCUGCUAAGGCCAAGCCGGCUGAAGCUCCUGCUGCUGCAGCCCCAAAAGCAGAACCUAUAGCAGCGGCAGUUCCUCCCCCUGCAGCACCCAUACCCACUCGGAUGCCACCAGUGCCCUCGCCCUCACAACCUCCUUCUAGCAAACCUGUGUCUGCAGUAAAACCCACUGCUGUCCCACCACUAGCUGAGCCAGGAGCUGGCAAAGGUCUGCAUUCAGAACAUCGGGAGAAAAUGAACAGGAUGCGGCAGUGCAUUGCUCAGCGUCUGAAAGAGGCCCAGAAUACAUGUGCCAUGCUGACAAUUUUUAAUGAGAUUGACAUGAGUAACAUCCAAAAGAUGAGGGCUCGGCACAAAGAGGCUUUUUUGAAGAAACAUAACCUCAAACUAGGCUUCAUGUCGGCAUUUGUGAAGGCCUCAGCCUUUGCCUUGCAGGAACAGCCUGUUGUAAAUGCAGUGAUUGACGAUAUAACCAAAGAGGUGGUAUAUAGGGAUUAUAUUGACAUCAGUGUUGCAGUGGCCACCCCACAGGGUCUGGUGGUUCCAGUCAUCAGGAAUGUGGAAGCUAUGAAUUAUGCAGAUAUUGAACAGACCAUCACUGAACUGGGAGAGAAGGCCCGAAAGAAUGAACUUGCCAUUGAAGAUAUGGAUGGUGGUACCUUCACCAUUAGCAAUGGAGGUGUUUUUGACUCACUCUUUGGAACACCCAUUAUCAACCCCCCGUCUGCCAUCCUGGGGAUGCAUGGCAUCUUUGACAGGCCAGUGGCUAUAGGAGGCAAGGUAGAGGUGCGGCCCAUGAUGUACGUGGCACUGACCUAUGAUCACCGGCUGAUUGAUGGCAGAGAGGCUGUGACUUUCCUCCGCAAAAUCAAGGCAGCGGUAGAGGAUCCCAGAGUCCUCCUCCUGGAUCUUUAGGAGGAACCCACACACCCUACAAAUUGAUCAUGCAGGAACUGAAAACCAGUCUUCUCCCUGUCCCCUCAUGGGUCCCAGGUUAGCCUGGUGACAGGCAGGCACAUGCUGUUGGCCUCAAGCAAGGAAGCAGAGCACUAUGUAACCAGCAGUCACAGCUUUUUUCUUGGUGUUCCUGCCAGGCUCUCUCCCUCUCUGCACCUGUCUCAUACCCUCAAAUAUCUUAAUUCCUUAGGCUUGAGAGAGAGCCUUAAUGGAUGCUCAUUCAUAUUCCUGCCUUUCUUCCAUCAGCUCUCUGCAAAGAUGAUUUUGCUUCUCCCUAGUGCUGGUAUACUAGAGAGAAACCCCCGAGGACCAUGUGAUUAAGUUCCUAUCUUUUGAAAGUUUGUUCUGCAGAGACAUCUAGGAGGAUGCUGUGCCUCCCAAGCUCAGAGCAGCCUCUGUCCUGGCUGUGCGCAUUCUCCCUUGAUUCCACUUGUAUGGAGGGAUUGAACACAGGCAAAGAGGUGCUGCUUUCCUUCUUCAAUGGCACCUUUGUUCUCCGUUAUCACUGACUUCAAGAUGCCUCUUCUACCUCUACCAGGAAGCACAGGCCAGGGGAUCUGGGUGUGUGAGUGGGAGGAGAGAGCAGAGGUUCCCUGAGGUCACGUGUUGUAAU